AUGCCCAUCGAAGGCACCGUUCUACCCAUCCAUAGCGAGAAAGAAGUCUUUAGUGCUGGUGAAGGCGAUGUCAACUUCCGGAACGUCAGCUGGCAGCGGGCGGCCAUCUUCAUGCUAAAGAUGACCUUCGCCACCGGUGUCCUGUCAUUGCCAGCAAGUUUGAAUUCUCUGGGAGGUGUCGCUGGAGCAAUCUUCAUCGUCUUCUGGGGUGUUGUUAAUGCCUACAUGGCCGUGCUUCAGGGCCAGUUCAAGAUUCGCCAUCCUUCGCUGCACACCGUGGCCGAUGGUGCGCACAUUGCUACAAUGGAUCUGUCAGGUGGUUCCAAGCGAUGGGCCAUGUUUGCCAAGGAGAUCACGGAAUUUGUCUAUCUGGUCUCCUGGCUGCUCUGCACUGGCCUCACAGUUCUUGGUAUUUCCAUUGCAAUGAAUGCUGUUUCUGACCACGGUACCUGCACCGUGGCCUUUGCAUUCGUGGCCUAUCUGGCCGUCGCCAUCCUGGGCAGCAUCCGCAAAAUUGAAAAGACGGCUUGGAUUUCUUGGGUUGGUUUCGUCUCCAUCGUUGCUGCCAUUCUCAUCGUCUUGAUUGCCACGGCCAUCCGAAGUCGUCCGGCUGCAGCACCCCCGACAGGAGACUUUGUCCUUGGAUUCCGAGCUUUCCCACUUGCUUCAGUUUCCUUCUCAAGCGCGUGGUCCGCGGCGCUAAUAAUAUACGCGUCUUCUGCAAACACCUCCGGUUACGUCCCGGUUAUUUCCGAGAUGAAGUAUCCUCAGCACUACUUCAAGGCUGUAUACGUUACCAUGUCCUGGAUCAUCGUGUCCUACAUGAUCAUCGGCAUGGUCAUGUACCGCUAUGCUGGACAAUGGCUUGCGACUCCUGCCCUCGGGUCUGCCGGUCCUACCAUCAAGAUCAUCUCGUACGCCGUCGCUCUUCCCAGCCUGCUUGCCUCAGGAAUGAUAUGUGUACACAUUUCUGGAAAGUCGGUCUUUGUUCGCGUGUUACGCAAUUCAAAACACCUCACUGCCAACACCUGGCAGCACUGGACUGUCUGGCUGGCCUCAACGUUUGGCACGGGCCUCAUCGGCUGGGUCAUCUGCGAGGCGAUUCCUUUCUAUGGAUCCUUGGUUUCCAUAAUUGGUUCCCUCGGUUUCGGUCCGUUGGGUAUCUGUCUUCCCGUUAUCAUGUGGUACAGCAUGCACAGAGGCUACCGCAAGGGAACCCCAAAGCAGAAGGCUCUCUGGGCUUUCCACACAGCCAUCUUAAUCAUGGGUUUGUUCGUCACUAUUGGUGGUACUUAUGCGAAUAUUGUCAUGAUUGUCCAGCAAUUCCAAGAUGGAACUGUUGGCGGCGUCUUUGAAUGCGCUGACAACAGCGGAACUGUUGAUUCGUAG